UUUUUAAAGUUAUGGCUAUCUGAAAUGUUUAAUGUUGUCAUAUUAGUUAUUAAGUACUGGUUAUUAAAGGUUAUUAAUGGUUAUUAGGAAUUUGACUCCGGCUGAGAGACAAUCUUUACAAGUUGAGAAAGAUGCCAAUGGGGCCUGUCUUGUUGCUGUUGCUAGGUUGCAGCAUUUUGGAGACUCCACCUCUUCCGCUUGUGCUAGUUCCAUGCUACCUAGCAAUGAUAGAGAGUUUAUUGCAAGAGUUGGAGUUGAUGGACGUUUCAGCUAUAUUGACCCACGUGUCUCUAAUAUUUUGGGUUAUCUUCCCCAAGAUCUCAUUGGUCACAACUCCUAUGAUUACUUUCAUCCUGAUGACAUGCAAAAGAUGAUACAGCUCCACCACGAAGCAAUGAAGCAGAGGACUCCAAUGCCAACUGUCCAUUAUCGCUUCCUCUCAAAGGACAAGAAGUGGGUUUGGCUUGCAAUGAAAGCCUUCAGUUUUGUUAAUCCAUUCUCUCAUCAAGUGGAAUAUGUUGUAUGCACUAAUGUAGUACAUACAAGGUCAACUGGAGGGGAGAAGUCAGAGCAGGCUCAAGAAACAGUGGCACAAGUUGAUGCCUCCAAACAAUCAACCUCUGGUCCUGUUAAUAGAGGAGCAAGCAGUAGUAGUAGAGGAGGGGGAAUGAAAAACAAUGAACUCACCGACCUUCUUCCUGAUUUAAACUGGCAGCAGACCUCAAAAAGCAGCAGCAGCAGCACCAUACCUCCUCCUCUUCCUGCUCCCUCUACUUCCUCUCAGUCUCUUGUGGACUCUCAGUCUUCAAGUGUAGUCACUCAACCAGCUGACACUACUGUGCAGGAGAAUGCAGUGACUGCUCAGAGACUUGUUGAAAAUUACAUGAAGAUGACAACGCCGACCCCACACAGAAAAGAUUUCAAUUACGGCUUUCCUCCUGGCCUGUUUCCUGCUGAAGUUGAUCUCGAGGGCUCAGCUCAAGCUUAUCACAGUUUGAUUGAUGGGCUUGAGAAUUGCUCUGACCUGCAGCAGCUCUUGAAUCAAGUUGAUGCUGAUCCUUUCAGAUCCAAUAAUAUAUUUAACGAGCUUGAUCUUGAUAUUUUUGAUUAGAAUUAAGACAGAUGCUUCAUACUCUCUCUCCCCUCAUCAUCUCAUAUUAUUAUUAUUAUUAUUAUUACUAUUUUGUUGUACAGUUUUUGAUAUUGUGAUUUUUUAUUCAUAAA